AUGUGUCUGACUGAGCCGAUUAGGGCGGCAAAUUUGAUGCGUAAUACGGCCCGCUUGGCAGCUCCUGCUGUGGGUUUUCCGGCUCCAGGGAUGUAUACAUCACCGAAUACAAAUGUUCCAUCAUCACUACAUAAUGUUGCUUCAAAUUCACGCCUGACGAUCAACUUCAACCCUGCAGAAUUGCUUUCUGGUCCAAGUUUGAUUCCUCCACCCAUGGCCUCUAGCACUGCAAUUUCUGGUGACCAACUCCCAAAAAAAGAUCAGGAGAAUUUACAUGUAAAUACAACUUCAGACAUUGUGCCACCGCCUCCUAUUCAGUUGCAGUCUCUGAUUGCUUCUGCCAACCGCCCAGCAGGUCAGCUUCGAUCGAGGUACGUUUUGCCACCUCAGCUUUCUCAGUGCUCUUCUCCUGCUCCUCCGCUUUCGACAGAAGAUAAUUUAACAGAGUCGUCUACGCCCACUUCGCAGUUGGAGUCUUCCUUUUCGACAAUGACAGUUCUCCCAACGCCUACUUACUUCGACUGUUCUUCAUUGACUCAAACUCAGGAGGCAAAGCAAUCUAAUGAUUUCACUGCCCCAAAAGUGCCUUACGAACCUACAAAAGCUCACUGGUUUUACUCUACGAAAACCGUUGCUCACGGGAUUAUUUGGUGGCCGUUUGAUAUUGCUGACUCACAACGACUGGAGGCUGCGGCGACCUCUGCAAACCUCCUCUAUGUGGAUGCACUCUCAGUCGAAGCACCGAAUACGGCUGUGCCGGUUCGAGGCGGUCUCUACGAUGUCUUGCUGCGGGAGCGUAUCUACAAGCCUGUCUACUGGCCAGCUGAUGAAGAGGAGGCGGGAGAGGUUCGAAGAGUUAUGUGGCUCUACCGACCCCAAAAUGAGCAACGCGUGCUGCCAUUCUCUGAAACUCUGUCCAAGACUCUAGAGGAGCACUAUAGACGUGCUUUGGAAACCAAUAUCUGGGGUGGACGCUUUUCCCUACCUUCUGAAGACGUGCCCAAUGAAACUGACACUUACAUCUUUCACAACGAGAAGGUGUGGGAAAUGAUCAAUCGCGAGGCUUAA